AUGGAAGUGGAGAAUCAGACACGGGUCACCAAGUUCAUUCUAGUAGGGUUCCCUGGGAACUUGAGCAUGCGUGCAGCAGUGUUCCUAAUGUUCCUUAUGGCUUAUAUCCUGACAAUGACUGAAAAUGUGAUCAUCAUCCUGUUGGUGCAGCAGAACAGGCCACUGCACAAGCCCAUGUACUUCUUCCUGGCCAACCUAUCCUUCUUGGAGACCUGGUACAUCUCUGUGACUGUGCCUAAGCUGUUGUUUAGUUUUUGGUCCAUGAGCAACAGCAUCUCAUUCACUCACUGUAUGAUCCAACUCUAUUUCUUCAUAGCACUCAUGUGCACAGAAUGUGUGCUCCUGGCUGCCAUGGCCUAUGACCGUUAUGUGGCUAUCUGCCGCCCACUCCACUACCCCACUAUCAUGAGUCAUGGGCUCUGCUUCCGCCUGGCUCUGGGUUCCUGGACCAUUGGCUUCGGCAUCUCCUUGGCAAAAAUCUACUUCAUUUCCCGCCUCAGUUUCUGUGGCCCUAAUGUCAUCAAUCACUUCUUCUGUGACAUCUCUCCAGUACUUAACCUUUCCUGCACAGAUAUGUCCAUGGCUGAGUUGGUAGACUUUGUCUUGGCACUGAUCAUCUUUCUCUUCCCACUCUCUAUCACUGUCCUGUCCUAUGGGUGUAUUCUGGCCACUGUUUUACGAAUGCCCACAGGAAAACAGAAAGCCUUUUCUACUUGUGCCUCCCACCUUGUGGUGGUCACUAUCUUCUAUUCAGCCACAAUUUUCAUGUAUGCCCGACCCCGAGCCAUCCAUGCUUUCAACAUGAACAAAAUUAUUUCCAUCUUUUAUGCCAUUGUCACUCCUGCUCUCAACCCUUUCAUUUAUUGCCUAAGGAAUCGAGAGGUCAAGGAAGCUCUGAAGAAACUGGCCCAUUGCCAGACCAUCAGAUCUGACUAG